AUGUUGCGGAUGGGGGAAUCUGCGACCAAUCCAAAGAGUUGGAUCGGAAAUGAUGUCUACCUUCGGAGAUUACCUCAAUCUCCUUUCGUAGCUCCCGGAGCGACUGGGAACAAACAUGGUCUCCUUAUCCCUCAUACGGCCACGGACCAGGAGCUGGCACAUUUGCAUAAUAGCCUUCCAGACAACGUAAGGUGUGUUCGGAUUGAGGAGCGUCUUUCAGCUCUUGGAAACACCGUGGUGUGCAACGACUACGUUGCGCUCAUUCAUCCGGAUCUGGACAAGGAAACCGAAGAACUCAUUAGUGAUGUACUGAACGUUGAGGUCUUCCGAAGUGUUGUGGCCGGGGAAGCACUCGUUGGCACCUACACCUGCUUGACCAAUCAUGGUGGUCUCGUACACCCACAAACCAGCGUAGAAGAGCUUGAUCAACUGAGUAGCCUGCUGCAACUUCCUCUUGCUGCAGGGUCCGUUAAUCGCGGCAGUGCACUCAUUGGAAGUGGUUUAGUUGCUAAUGAUUGGAUAGCAUUUUGCGGUCUAGAAACGACAAACCAGAACAGAUUCCCGGUGCCUAAAGUGCAAAUGGAUGGCUGCAUUCUCGAUGCAGUAGUAUUUGCGGAGUGGUCGUCCAACAUUGCAUUGACCAGUAAGAAGGAGGUUGGUUGUGACACCACCAAAGCAACCUGUGGUCGUGCAUCAGCCGAGAUGGGAUGUCCCUUGGUGCACGUUAUCUUUCCAGCUCCUCUCUCCCUCUCUGUGAGUGGCCGUAAUCGAAGGCACUGUUAG